CGAAGAUUGAUUGGUACCACUGUCAGUUUUUGCGGCCAAGAUCGGUCCAAAAGAUGUUUGAUGCUUUUCCGGUCAUUCCGGUGAGGUAUUCACGGUACGGUGCGGAAUAUCGUGGAGAUAUCUGUGCGGUUCAUUUUGGAUGUAAAUAUUGGACUGUAUCAUUCACGAUCUAGUGGGACGAUGUCCAGUUCGCUGUUCACGUCAGUAAAGAGAUUUGUAACGGUAGCGCUCCAUACAUCCUCCGUGUACGACAUAUAGCGAUAUUUCAAGACUCAGUGGGACACGUACUCGAGCUUGAAGCAUCGAUCGGCGCGACGGAGAGACGGAAAGUUAAAAAACUUUGCUCGUCGGAUUCCCGUUGUCGGCGUCUCCCGUGAAUGAAGAUGAGCGGGGAGAUGUUCGAAGGCAAGGAUUAUCCAACUCAGUGGGCGCUCAAUCCCUCCGCCUAUCAAAACAUGAGCAAUGAUCAAGUGGAUUGGGCAGCUUUGGCGCAGCAAUGGAUCAAAAUGAAGGAGACAGUCGUGCCGCCAGCUCCACCGCCGCCUACUAUAAAUCCUGUAUAUUCUGCUAACGAUGGUAGCGGUGAGGAACCGAUGGACAUGGACACAAAAGAUGAUGACGUACCGCCAGCACCUCCUGCUCCAACUAUUAGUGGAUCUGAUGCGUGGACUCAGUGGAGUCAGUGGGGUCACUGGAACACCUCGGCAUCGGGAACAGGUAGUUGGGAGUGGAGUGGCGUGCCACCUCCAGGUGUUACUAUAGGCCCUGACGGCAAACCAGUCGGUCUGCCAACAGUGCCCGUUAUACCGCCUGUUCCGACGAUAUCCACUACUACUGACUUCAACACGCCUCCGCCUGCUGCACCGUCAUUGUACUCGUACAAUUCGGUGCCGCCCGCGCAAUCGUACAAUCAGGUUACCAAUUAUUGGUCCGGUGAAUCGCCUAACGCGGUGCCGCCGCAGCCACCAGGCUUCAUGAAGUGCAUCAGACACACGAACAGAACAUCGCACAUGAGAGGGAUGGAUGCCGUUCGGUGUCGAGAUGAUAGGGAAAAGACGCCAGAGGAGGACACUACCACAACUAUCGAUGCUGCGAAACGAAGACAAUUACCGGCGUGGAUCCGGGAAGGACUGGAGAAGAUGGAGAAGGAGAAGCAGAAAGCUGUGGAAAAGGAGAGACUGGAGAUCCUGAGGAAGCAGGAGCUGGAGGCUCGCAAGCAAGCCGAGGACGAGGCGCGCGCGGUGCUUAAUCCCAGCAAGAGCAAAUUCGACUCGGAUUCGGAGAAAGAAACCGAGCAGGACUUCGAUGCACGCGGGACCCAGCAGUCAGCAGAGAAGAGUUACGAUCGCACUCCGGACAUCAUCGUUCGGCCGCGAAAGUCACGAUUCAGGGACGCCGACUCGCCAGAGUCACACGGGGGCACCGACGAGAGUCCGACUGGCGCGGCGGGUACGCCUACCGUGCAGAAACGAUCACGGGAGGAGAUCUUGCAGGAAGUGAUGUUGAAAGUGAGGAGAUCGCUGACGGAGAUACUUCUCGAGGUAACGAACGAAGAGAUUGGCGCGGUAUGCAGAGAGGUUUGGAGCCGCGCACGUGCCAAAGUCCCUGCAGGAGAGACCCCCGUCGCAUCCCUCAACAACAUGGCCCCUCUUGCUCAGAUCACUCGCAAGCUUGGUCUGGGCAUCUAUGGUGACAGUAACAGCGAGUCUGAGGAGGAGCAGAGCGAGCACACACAGGUACAGAACGACGACAGCGACGAGGAGUUGAAGGAGACACUGCGACGGCGACAGCAGGCCUUCCGCAAGACGGAGGAGGAGAUUGAGGCGCGACUUGCCGAGGAGGAGGAGAAGGAGGAGCAGCGCCACGAGGAACAGUACAAUAGUAAUAAGCAACAGGAAAAUCAUACCGGUAAUACUAGCUGCAGGGAGUCAGUUGAUGAAAAAGAAACGCUAAAUAAUCAGAGAGAAGCGUCGGAAACUUUGUCGAGCGGCGGGCACAGUCCACAAUCGUCAGCGGUACCGCAGAACGCGCCUACGACGAAUGAUCAGCAGGCAAAAGUUGGUAGCACCGUGUCAGGAUCGGCCGACUCAGACUCGAGCAGCAGCGAGUCCACGAGCAGCUCAUCGAGAUCGAGCCGCGGAUCCUCCGCCAAGAGGCGCGACAAGGCACGCGCGAGCAAACAGCAACAACAGUCGCAAUCGCAAUCGCACCAACGCGAGCAGCAGCAGCAGCACGAUCAGCAUUACCGUCGACGACGAAGAUCCAAAAGCAGGAGCAAGUCGCGCAGCGGCCGACGAUCCACGAGGUCGCGCUCGUCCGAACGCACGCACAAACGGCGAUCGCGCUCGCGAUCCGCCAAGUCGCGCAAGGACUACCGUUCGCGUUCCUCGCGCUCCUCUAGCGAUCGCAGAUCCACCAGGAAGCGUUCGAACGAAGCGAAGCGCGCGAAGUCGCGCUCGCGCAGCUGCCGACGCUCCAGAUCACUGUCCACCAGCAGGAAGUGGUCGUCGCGCUCGCGUUCCCGCAGAAGGAAGUCCCGCACGCAUUCCAGAGACAGGCGGAGAGGUAGCCGCUCGCGCAGCAAGUCCUCGCGGGACGCGAAACGGAGGGGUUCGCGUUCAAGAUCUCGCGGCGGCGGCGGCGGCAGGGAGAGAUCUCGCAGCCGCUCGAGGGAUCGAGGGAGACGUUCGAGGUCGUAUGUUUCCAGGAGGAGUCGGCGACAGAGCAGCCGAUCCAGAUCGCGGGAUCGCAAUCGCAAAUCACGAUCCAAGUCAAGAUCGGGCCAUCGGGAUGGUAAGAAGUCAUCACAUCGGUACAGGAAUUGAACCUGAUUCGCUCACAGCUCAAGGUUGUAUGUACAUUCAUUUUGAUUAUAGCUUUAACAAAAUAGAGCACGGAAAGCACCCAGUGACACGUUAUUUAAAUGUUAUGCCGUUCAAAAAUUCAUGCUUAUAUGUUGUAUAUGUUGUUUUAAUUAUUAUCGAUUAUUAUCGAUUAUUGCUUCUCGAACCGGAUAUUUUCUUUUCGGCACGCUUCGCUCUCUAUGUCGAUUGACGCGUGAUUUUCGUGAUAUUUUCCUUGUUGAUUUUACGAGGAACAACGCUGAAGUGUGACAGUUAUAAUUGUAUUUUAUGCAUAUACAAUGCCACCACGGUGUGCAUCCUUAGAAACAAAUUAUAAUUGUUACACUCACGCAUUCGUGUGUAUAUAUAUAUAUAUCAAAUGCAUCUCUUUUUUGCUUUUGUUUUUCUAUUUUAUUUGUUGUUUUUAUUUCCUUGCUUUAGAUCACUUGUUAUUUCUUUUGUUUUUUGUUAUAAUCGCAAGAUAAUUAAGAGCUAAAUGUUUACAUAUUCGUUUCUUCCAUGCAAAUAUAUUAAUCAAAGUUUACGUUGUGUAACGAGCAAAGUACAACUGUAUAUAAUCACGUAUAAUUGUUUAGUUAUGAAACAGUGAAAUCUGCUCAAUUAUUUUUGAAUAAUAAUAAUAAUUUAUUAAAAUAUAUCAAGAGAGAGAAUUAAUCGGUCAGUUACUUUACAGAUUUUCCUGUAGCUGUAUUAGGAACAAAUUUAUUAGAUUUAAUUAUAAGACGUACAAAUAAGAGAGAGAGAGUAGAGAGCUAUUAGGACAUUUUCAUUGAAUACUAAAAUCACUGUUUCUUUCGAAUCUAAUAAAAAUAAAAGGCAAUAUAAUUCAAAUACAUAAUUCUUUAAUCAAAGGAUACAAAAAGAAUUUUGUAUUAAGUAUGUAUAUUUUGUAUUAAGUAAUAUAAAAUGUAUUUAUCUCAAGUGCUUAUUUAUUCUCUUGAAAGAUGCAAUUAUACAUAACGUGAAUCGAGGAUAAGUUUAAAUCAAAGCAAGUUUAAUGACGAUCCUCUAGAAUUUAAAUCUUCCACUUAUAGACUUUUAUUAGGUAUUAGAGUUAUAAACUUGUUAGAAACAUGUAUAAUUUUGUACAGUGAGAGAGAGAGAGAGAAAGAAGUUGCUUUUUAGUGUACCAAAUAUACAAAUAUGUGAAUAUCAAAUGCGUGAUUAAUAGAAUUCAGUCGCGGAGCUAUACAGAUAAAUUGUUUACACUCAGAUUAUUAUGUUACGUUCAAUGUUACAUACAAAUAAUAUUACAUAUAAAUAAGCAUUACAAUUAUACCUAUGCGAACAUACUGAAAAUAUGACGUACGACCUGUAUCCGAUUGGAAAUAUAUCCAAGUUUUGAUAA